GCCAUCUACUAUACACGCAUUCAAGGGCUUGAGAGAAAAAUAAAAGAGAAGGCCCAUUGAAACUAUAUAUGAGCGACUUUGUUGAACAAAUUUGACGAGUCUUCGAUUCUUUCAGUUUUUGAGCGUUGACCGAGUUUUUUCAUCAUUUUUAUAUAGUGCUCAUCGCUUAAGUACACCUGAAUAACGAUUUCAUCAGUUCAUGACGAACACCUUGACUCUCCACCCCGGACCUAAACCAAAUAUAAUUUGACUUGAUAAUAAUAAAGUAUUACUAGUUUGUUUUGAGUUCCUCUUGACGUUCUGAUACAAUUACUUCCGCCUGGUCAUAGCUUAAUUCGGUUCUUUCCCCCCUCGAAUCAUUUUCUUUCACUUUGUUCAAUUCGUUCUUCUUUCCUCCUACAACUUGCACUAUUGUCUUUGUUACUUACUACUACACAAAUUUUGGGAUUCAAUUGACUUGAAAUAAUCGGAUUUCUUCUACUGUCAUCUAUUGUCAUAUACUGGUAUUGAACACACUGUAAUUUUACUCCUUUAUUUAUUUUUUGUUUUUUUAUUCUAUAUUCACCAAUUUUUACGUCUACUCUAUUCAGCUUGCAUCAUGUCUCCUUCACCCAACAACGCCCCUAACAACUACAAUUCUUCUGAAGUCCCUCCCAACCUUAAUUCAAAGUCUGCCGUGAAUAAUAAUAAUAAUCCUGUCCCUAACAACAUAAGUAUUCCUUCUACGCAGGCUCCUCAACAAUCGCAGUCAAACGAUGCUGGUGAUUCACUUGAACAGCCUGCAGGUGUGACUCCUUCUUUUGUUGGUUCAUUAAAACUGGAUUUUGAACCUAACCCUUUUGAGCACUCUUUUGGCUCGACUCCUUCAGUAAACCAACAUCCAGGUUCUUCUACGAGUCGCCCUGUUCCUUCCGCAAUUCCUCCUUCUCUUUCCCGUACUUUACUUCCCCCCGUAUCUUCUAUUGCUUCUCCAGAUAUUUUGGGUGCCCCUGGUAUUGCUUCUCCUCUUGCGUAUCCUGCUUGGUCUGGAUUUAGUCGUCCAGGUGCUCAAAACCCCCUUUCUCCUGCUAUUUACGAUGCCACCCUUCGACCGGACUAUCUCACUCCUUCCGAUCCCUCCUCGAUGGCUAUGGGAUCAAGGUUUUCUUUUGGCACUGGAUUUACCCCUGGAGGUAAUGAAUCCUUCCGCUCUUUUUUGACACCAACAGGUGCCGGCUUUCCUGCACCUUCCCCCGGAACUGCUAACCUUUUAGGGUUUCAACCCUUCGAUGCACAGUUCCCUGAUCAGUAUCGGUUCACUCCUAGAGAUGGUAAGCCUCCUGUUUCGGCCGGUACGAAUGGAGAACAGUCUGAUUAUUUCGGAGCCAAUGCUGCAGUUCAUGGUCUUUGCUUACUUUCACAAGUCCCUGAGCAGCAACAACAAAAAGUACAACAGUCCAUUCCGAAUGAGACGGAUCCUUCGACAUCGGCAGCUGUUGCUAAUUUGCUGAAACAAUCUCAAUCUCAACAAUAUCCCGAGUCUAUCCGUUCGUCUUUUACGAACAAUGGUAAUAAUCCCAUGGAGUCCCACAAUAUGGGACAACAACCAUACUAUAUAAAUGCCAAUCAAAUGCGUGGUGACAUGCAGCCUUCAGUGUAUGGUGAAACGGUUAACCCCGCGGAUCCUUCUCUGAAUUUACGUUCCUCUAACAACUAUGAUAUGCACAUGAACAACAUGUCUCACAUGGGUCACGGUGGAAAUAGAGAGGUAUCUGGCAACGGUAUGCCAGUUCAAGUGAAAUCAGAAAACAAUGAGCCUCAAGAGUCCCAACCGCGUGGUAUGUCGAAUGUAUCACCUUCAGGAUCUCCCAGCGAGACUGACAUGAAGGAUCUUGACGGUUUCAAUGGCGAUAGCAAUAGUAAGAGUGGCUCGACUCCUCGUCGAAAUUCAAAGAAUGAAACUGAUGAUGAAAAGCGGAAAAGCUUUUUGGAACGUAAUCGCCAAGCUGCUCUCAAAUGUCGCCAACGCAAAAAGCAAUGGUUAUCCAAUCUUCAAGCGAAGGUUGAGUUUUAUGGAAAUGAAAAUGAGAUUUUGAGUGCUCAGGUUAGUGCUCUGAGAGAAGAAAUUGUCAGUUUGAAAACACUGUUAAUUGCUCAUAAGGAAUGUCCGGUUGCAAAGGGCAAUUCUGCGGCAGUAGCUACAACAAUCAUCGGAAACGGUGAUAUGUCUCAACGGAUUAAUUUAGGUUAUUAGUUCUUAAUAUUUAAUCGUGAAUGAGAAAUCCACACUUUAAUUGGUUGGUUAAUGUGGAUUUGGAAAAAGCAAGUAAUGCCAUAGAAAGGCAUCCUAAAUUGAAGUUACCGUUUGACACGGUUCAUUUAAUUAUUAAUGAUUGGAAUAAUUUUGAAAAUAAAAGGCCCAUUUACUUUUCAGCGCUUUUUUAUUCUUGCUGAAAUGUAGUUUGGAUUUCAGAUACUUGUUUGUCGACAACCUGCUGUUGAUUUGUUAAUUUACGCAAGAAAUUAGGUUUAUUAUUAUGUUCAUGUAUGAUAAUUCUUUUGAAUCGCUUACUGUUUUUAUUAUAAGAAAAAAAAAGAAAAGGAUGUUUGCAGUGACGGAUAUCUUUGAAAUUACAAAGGGACGAAUGAAAGCAGACUGACUUUGACAGAACAUUUAGUAAACAAAUUUAAA